UCAAGGUCAGUAUAUAUCUAAUAUAUGCAUACAUAUAUAUAGACCUCCCACCAUCUGCCUUGUAGUUUGGUUGUUGUAAAUUUAGCUGAAUCUUCAAUGGAACCCAAGAUUUUGAUAUCUCAACCAAAAUUCACACCGUGUUAUGGUGCUUUCCCUUUUUGUCUCUCGUAUAAAUCCUCACUGCUUCAAAAACCCAGACUUCCGUUAGCUGCCCAGCUCUCAGUAAGUAAACAAGAGCUAGAAAAGACUCCAUUUCUAGGAAAAAGUUUGGGUUUUGGAGGAAAGAUUGAAUCUUUGGGUGGCUUGAGGAAAACCCAUUUGCCCAUUUCUCCAAUCAGAGCUGCUGUCAAAAGGAGGAAAGAGCUCCCCCUUGAUAAUGUAAUUCAAAGGGAGAAGAAGCUUAAGCUGGUUUUGAAAAUUAGGAAGCUUCUGAUGAGCCAGCCCAACAGAGUCAUGGCACUUAGAGAAUUAGGGAAGUAUAGGAAAGCAUUGGGUCUCCAGGGAAAUCGAAGAUUCAUUGCUUUGUUGAAAAAAUUUCCUGCAGUGUUUGAGAUAAUGGAGGAAGGGGCUUAUUCACUUAAGUUUAAGUUGACUCCUGAGGCUGAGAGGCUCUACUUAGAGGAACUGCAGGCUAGGAACGAGAUGGAGGAUUUGUUGGUUAUCAAGUUGAGGAAACUGCUAAUGAUGUCUGCAGAUAAACGGAUUCUUUUGGAGAAGAUUGCACAUUUGAAGAGUGAUUUGGGGCUUCCUUUCGAAUUCCGCGACACAAUUUGUCGCCGAUACCCACAGUAUUUCAAGGUGGUUGAAACUGGACGAGGGCCAGCAUUAGAGUUGACUCAUUGGGAUCCGGAACUUGCUGUCUCUGCUGCAGAGCUUGCAGAAGAGGAAAACAGGCAACGGGAGCUGGAAGAGAGGAAUUUGAUUAUUGAUAGAGUGCCAAGGUUCAAUCGGGUGAAGCUACCCAAGGGUCUUAAUCUUUCAAAGGGCGAGAUGAGAAGAAUAUGUCAGUUCAGAGAUAUACCCUAUAUUUCACCCUACUCUGACUUCUCUGAGAUAAGGUCUGGCUCCCCUGAGAAAGAGAAGCAUGGUUGUGGUGUUGUGCAUGAGCUCUUGAGCCUCACAGUGGAAAAAAGAACUCUUGUUGAUCAUCUCACUCAUUUUAGAGAGGAAUUUAGAUUUUCUCAGCAGUUGAGAGGGAUGUUGAUAAGGCACCCUGAUAUGUUUUAUGUCUCUCUAAAAGGUACUAGGGACUCAGUUUUUCUUCGUGAAGCAUAUCACGAUUCUCAAUUAAAAGAGAAAGAUAGAUUAUUACUUAUCAAGGAAAAGAUGCGUUCCCUUGUUUCUGUUCAACGAUUUGCAUGGAGGGGCGUAGGGAAGAGGGAUGCAGAUAAACUAGAUGGAACUAAGCCCAAAGAUGAAGACAGUGGAGAGGAAGGUGAAGAGGGUUCAGACAUUGAUAAUUUACUAAGUGAUGGAUUUGAUGAAGAUGGUGAGGAUUAUGAUGAAAAUGAUGAAGAUUUUGAAGGUGAUUGGAGCGAUGAAGAUGAUGAUUUACCCCCCGACUUCACUGAUGAUGAUGAAAUUACAAACCUAGAAAAUGUUAAAUCAAGCAGAAAGGUUGAUGACCCAAUGAAAAAGGAUGAGAAGAUUCUUGUACCUGUUUUCCCCGAUGGCCGGCCAAGAGAACGCUGGUGAUAACAUAUGAAAACUUGAUAUUUUAAUCUUUCAUCUUUUGCCAUUGGAUGUCCAAAAAGCUAGUAAUCCAUUGAAAAGGAUGCGGUUCAACUGUUCAGAAGCUGUGUGCUUUUGGGAGAAUGUUAUUUCUUAAUGCAGUUCGCUUCUUGGAGACCUUUAACAGAUGGUACUGCUGUAGUGGAGAGUGAAAGAAAUUAUUGUUUAAGCUUCACUUCAAUUUUGUUGGACAUGGUAACUCUUCUCCAAUAUUAAAGACACUACUGGAGCUUUGUAGACCUGUUGAUCUCACAGCUUGUUUAGAGGAUUCAAUAUGUUUCUUUGUCACAUAAGACAACAUAAUCUUCAUGGCUUAUAGUUAGAUUUGAGCUUUAUGUUUGAUUUUGGUUGAACUAUAUAUAUAACACUUUUAGAUCUGUUUUACUUGUUGAACUAAUGUUAAUCCGUAAAACCAGUGUGCCA